AUGGAGAUGACAACCCCUGUUGAGGAAAACUUGCCAAAAGAGUUUUCUUUCAAUGAAGUUUUGCAAGAUUUACGUUUGUCAUCGUCUGAAAAAUCAUAUAUCGCACCGCAACUUCCAGAUGACAUAAUUAUGAAAUAUGAGGAAGAGUUGGAUAAUCUAGUGGAACUUACAACGAAAAAUUCUAUACAAGAAAAUAAUUUGGAGGAUAUGAAAGGAAAUAAUUCCAGCGAUUGUGAGGAAGAGUCCAGUGAUACAUUAUAUUUCAGUUUUGAAAAUAGUUCAAAAGAAGAAUCUGACGUUGAUGAAACAGAAACUCCUGACCCGCGUGUUGAUUUUAAGAAGUUGUUUGAGGAACAGAAAGAAAGACACGUGAAAUAA